AAGUAUUCCCUUGUAUCACCGGCAGCAGGCGAAACCUUAUCGAAUAUAGUAAAAGAAUGGCAACAAGAACUUCUAAAUCACCUCAGACCUGUGUCACCCGCGCCAAAAGUGAGCAAAUCUAGCCUUCGUGAUGCUAGAAAGCUUUUUGGGGACAACUUCAAAACAAAAGUGACGCUGCGGAAGUCUGACGAUCUCGAGGCUUGCGAAGAAAUAUCUCUCCUUCAGUUCGAUCCGAACUUUACUUCUUCUGAGGUUAUCUGCCGUCAUCCGUCUUGCUCGACCAAGAAUUCAGAGGCAGCAAAAAGUGGCACCAAAAGGGAUCUUUUCCUCUGUCCCAUUCAUCAGCAAGUUCUGAGGGACAGCAUUUCUGACGUCUUAGCAAAGGAGGAAAUUAAACUGUCCACCAGUACCGAAAAACCCAAACACGGUCACUUUUCCGGAUACACGUCACUUAUCAGUCUGCUGGAGGGUGUCUAUCAUGAUGCCAAGAAAUUUCAGACGCUUAAGUGUCAUUGUCUGAGAAAGUGUUCCAGGGGCCAAAACUUGUGGUCAACCGAUUUGGCUGAAACUUGGCACAGAAGUUGGUUGCCAUGAGAUAUUUCAAAAGCCAAUCUGGCUCACUUCUCUGACUUUAAGUUCUAGAGUUUCAGGGGGGGUCUCAUUUUUUGCCCCUUGAGUACAAAAAAUCCAGCCUUUCAGGGGUCAUUUUGAAAGUGCCAUAAAACCCAACUGGUAAAUUGUGCUGCCAAAUGAAUUUGACUAUGAACAUUAAUAUAAUAGAGCUUUCAUUUCAUGCAUGUAACUUUGCCCUCAAGGUAUUGGACAGAGAGGAGCCUGGGGCUAGAGUUUGGCCAAAAUUAAUGUCAAAAUUACAACCCAAAAUUGCCAUUUUUCAAAAAAUCAGUGUAUCUACCUGCCUUCUUGCAUAACAUCCGUACCUAUAACAUUAUUUACUUUAUUGACCCAAUUAUCAAAAUCACUUGAGAAAAAUUUGGCUUAUCACGGUUUGUUGAAUUUUUGUCACAAACACUCCAUGCCUCUAUAAGGUCAUGCAAAAUGGAACUUUGAGCAUAAUUCAUGCCAUAAACAAACCAAAUUGUUGACAUGAAGCCCUGAUUCUGUAUUUGGUCAGUGAAAAUGAAUUGUUAAAGCCAAAUCAGUUUAAUUGUUUAGAAAUACUCCGAUUCUUACCUUACAAUUGCUCUUAAAGGCCUUUGAUUAGCACAAAAAAUACCCUGAUUUAGCAAAACAAGAGUUAAUUUGUACUUUGAAAACCUAGUACCCAUUAAAUACCACAAAUGAUGAAGGCCUUACCUCGAUAUAACGACCUUUCUAAACGAUGCUUGAAUUUUUCAUUGAUUAAUAUUCAGUUUCAAGUCAUAAUUCUUCUCCGUUGCUCCAAGUAUGGAAAGUCUCUAUAUUUUGUCAGGCCUGAUUUUUAUUAUGAUUACAAGAUAAAGUUAGCUUAACGAAAGCAUUCGUUAGCAGAUAAUCUAAGUCUGUUAAUAGCCUGAACAUUUCUUGUAAAUACCCACCAGUAAAGGAGCAUGACCAUGCAUACAUAUACGUAGAGAUAUGCGAGCUGCAGUUUAUAGCAGUGUCGAUGUGACCCGUUAUUUCAGAGUCCUCUAGAGCGGAGUAAAUGAAACCAUCUGUCAAGAAGGAACGCACAGUUAGGAGAGCUGGAUAGUGAAACAAAAAACUUGUGUUGCUAAAUACAAUAACCAAACGAGGCCAGGGCAUUGAGAUGAUGCAAAAUCAACUGGCCCGCCAUUUUGGACAUAGGAGAGAGUGGGACUGGACCGAGGUCACGUUCUUCUUCCGUUUCGCGGGUAUGUUUUAUCCGGUGUAAGAAAUUCAAGGGUAAUUUCGCGAUGGCACUUUGUUCCUUUGGAGGGGUAAGUGAUCAGUGCGGUGCCACCGCAUGGGCUCCGCACGAAACAGGAAUGGUUCCUUUAUUAUCCUGCGAGAAUGAUAUGACUGAAUGGUUGAAGCAAAAGUACAAGGGGUCAGGUGCGUCCGGGACAAGAGGAAGACCUGGUCAUACCAAACGUACAGGUGAUUCAAAAUAUCUGUUUGGGAUCAUACACGCGCACAAAUGGCUUUUAUCGCGAUCCAGUGGACUCUUUUCUAUUGAAGAGAGACCACGAUAUUUUACGAUAUUGUCGUCUCAAAUUGUUUUCUUAUGACUGAUUGAAGAUUUCACGAGGUAAUUUACUUGAUUCUUGCGAAGAGAAACAAACAUUCAACAAAUUGUUCACAGGAAGGGCAAAGGGGUUGACUAAAAUUCUAACUUUGAAAGGUAAGAGCGCAGUUAUUUUAUUGCAGCAAUCUCUAUAACCAAAAACAACGAUAAGAAUAACUUGAAGUUGAAGGCUGUUUUUCGUCUGCUCGCUCUGUUUGUUUACAUUCAGCUUUACCUGUGCAGACGCUUAUCACGCAAUCACAAUUCGAGCGUGAAACUCUACCAGUUUCCUAUAUUUGCCAGUUUCGUCUAAGAUAAGUGAACUUGAAAAAUCUUUGCAAACAUGCUGCAUCGAAGCUUUUCGAUGAAAUUGACAUUUUGAGCGAGAAAAUGUCUUGUUUCACGGAUAACUUUCUUGGUAACAAAAAUUAUUCGGAUACAUUUUUUAAUUACUUAUAAUUAGUUAUUUUAGUAUGUAAAUAGAGGCGGUAUAAUUUUAGAUUCUUCGACUUAAAACCCGCCUUACUUAAAAAUCAAUGAGUCAGUUAAGGUUGCGCGACUCGUCGACUUGGUCCAUUCAUCGCACUCUCACGUCCAAGAUGAUACAAUAACAAUCACAUCGCGAGGCGUUUCAUGACUUUGUAUGGGGGUGCUUCAUAUCAACAUCAACACGAAAAAAGUUUAUCAUCCCGCUCUCCUAACUGUGGAUCCCUUCUGUGGUUUCACUUACUGAGCGCUAAAGUAUUUGGGAAAUCUGAUAGAUCGUGGGUCACCUAGAUGCUGAUCAUUGUGGCUCGUAUAUAUGUACACUGUAUCUACGUUUGGUCACGAUUCAUUACUGUUGCAAGAGCUAUUUAGGCUAUAAAAAACGUCAGACAAAGAUUAUCGGUUAACGAUCGUUUUGUAAGCUUACUUUAUCUUUUAAAAUAUGGCUUGGAAAAUUAUGGGGACUUUCCAUGCUUGCGGCAAUACAUGGAAAUAUGACCUGAAAAAUAUAAGUAAGAGAAAAACUCAAGUAUUUUUAUAUGAAGGUAAGAACAUUGUCAUUUGUGCCCUAUGACUGGUACAGUCAACACUCUCGUAAGCGACCACCCUUGAUGCAGGACAAAGUGGUCGCUUAUGCUGAAAGGUGGUCAUCUACGGGAAAAAAAUAAGAAAUUAAGCUCAAACCGAAGUGAUUUGAACGUGAUUACAUAAAAUUAUUACCUAACAAGCAAAAACUCAGGCAAACAGACAACUGCCAACAAUGUCUCAAACCGAAUGGCGCUUAGAACUGUUGAAAAUUUGUACAUAACAUCUUUCAUCAAUGAUUCAAUCCAAUUUUACCUAUGGAUCGUAUUACAGCCUUUUUUGCUAGUCAACUGUUAUAAUCUGCGAGCACACUUGGUCAGCGCUUUUUGAAACUGAACUUUUGUGAUAUUUGAGCAAUGGUUUUCUUACAGUCGUACGUGAUCAUGCCGGGUGAUCGCUUACGAAAAGCCAGUUCGCUGUGACAAAGUUGGCUGUACUAGGUUUUCAAAGAAAAAAGUCACCCUUUUUUUGCCCAAUGAAAGGCCUUUUAAGAGCAAUUGUACGGUAAGAGUCGGGGUAAUUCUGAACAAUCAAACUGGUUUGGCUUUAACAAUUCAUUUUCGCUUACCAAAUACAGAAUCAGGGCUUCAUGUCAACAGUUUGGUUUAUUUAUGGCAUUAACUAUGCUCAAAGUUCCAUUUUGCAGGGCCUUAGAGGGGCAUGGAGUGUUUGUGGCAAAAAUUCAACAAACCGUGAUAAGCCAAAUUUUUCUCAAGUGAUUUUGAUAAUUGGGUCAAUAAAGUAAAUAAUGGUAUAGGUACGGAUGUUAUGCAAGAAGGCAGGUAGAUACACUGAUUUUUUGAAAAAUGGCAAUUUUGGGUUGUAAUUUUGACAUUAAUUUUGGCCAAACUCUAGCCCCAGGCUCCUCUCUGUCCAAUACCUUGAGGGCAAAGUUACAUGCAUGAAAUAAAAGCUCUAUUAUAGAAAUAUUCAUAGUCAAAUUCAUUUGGCAGCACAAUUUACCAGUUGGGUUUUAUGGCACUUUCAAAAUGACUCCUGAAAGGCUGGAUUUUUUGUACUCAAGGGGCAAAAAAUGAGACCCCCCCUGAAACUCUAGAACUUAAAGUCAGAGAAGUGAGCCAGAUUGGCUUUUGAAAUAUCUCAUGGCAACCAACUUCUGUGCCAAGUUUCAGCCAAAUCGGUUGACCACAAGUUUUGGCCCCUGGAACACUUUCUCAGACAAUGACACUUAAAGGAAAAUCUCCAUUGAUCCAAGAAGCAAUUCUUAAUGUUAGAAACUUCUUGAUCAUAACCAACUGCUUGUUAAAUCCUGAUGAUGACAACGUGGGAAUUGCUGUGCCAGCUGUUGUCCAAAUAUUGCGCCUCAUCCUCCAGAAUCCUGACGCAACCGAUCAGUUUAUAAAUCACCUCCUCUACAUGCUCCGCGAGGUCAUAGGGAUAGUUCUUUUCUCUUUUGGUGUGAUAUAUCCUUGGGUGUACCUUGCCCUUAGCAAUCCUGGCGCUCAGAUUGGGUUUGGAGUUGGUGCGAUUUUGGGGGCAGGUGCCUUCUUCCUGGGACCUUGGGGUGGAGUCAUUGGUGUGGCCAUAGGAGGGACUACUGGAGGUUUCAUUGGCAAUGGUAUUCUCAGCUUGAUUACUGGGGGACAGCGAAACCAAGAGCUACAAUGA